UUAAGGCAAGGCUAUGCACCUCAUAAGUCAACAGGAAAGAGAACCAGCCAGUCAGUCCCCUUGUGUGAUGGCAGGCAGUGGCUGUAGGCAAAGCCCAGGUCUUCCCUCUCCAAGCCCCAGACUUUUCGACUGAGGCCAGGAGCAUCUCCACACCCUUGGAUUCUGCACCUCACCUGCAAGUCUGAAGGCCUGGUCUGACACAGACCCAGUUCUGCUGUGGAGCACAGCUCAGGGCUAGGCACCGAAGCAUAGUUGCACCCAAAAGACACCCUUUGAACAUCGUGUUCCUGCUUUCAGAAGCGGGCUCCAACCUGUCCCGCUCUCCAGCGGCUACAUUGGAGGACCCUGCAGCACAAACAUGCAGCACUUCAGCAGGAUACGCACUUUUAUGCUGGAGCUGGAUGCAGGCCGGGGUCCUGGAGUCGUGUACCGGGGAGGAGAGCUGCUCUCCGGGCGGGUGGUGUUGGAUGUGGCCAAAGCACUAAAAGUGAGCGCCCUGGCAGUGUGUGCUCGGGGUUUGGCUGCUACCCACUGGCUGGAGAGCAAGAAUAUUGGCAUGAACACGGUCUACAGUGAUUACACCGCCUACGAGACCUACCUGCGAAGACGGCAGCACCUGAUUAGAGACAAUGGAGAUGUCACGGUCCUUCAGGCAGGAAGGCAUGAAUUUCCCUUCACUUUCCAGCUCCCAGGGACCUUGGCCACCUCCUUUGAAGGAAAGCAUGGCAGUGUCCGCUACUGGGUGAAGGCCAAGUUACACCGGCCUUGGUCUUCAGUCAAAAGAGCCAAGAAGGAGUUCACAGUGAUUGAACCCAUCGAUAUCAACACACCAGCGUUACUGGCUCCUCAGGCUGGUGCCAAAGAGAAGCUGGCGCGAGCAUGGUACUGUAACCGUGGCCAGGUUUCGGUCUCAGCCAAAAUUGAUCGGAAAGGCUACACACCAGGUGAGGUCAUCCCCAUAUUUGCAGAAAUUGACAACUGCACCACCCGUACUGUGGUACCAAAGGCUGCCAUCAUCCAGACACAGACAUUCAUUGCCCGAGGCACUAAAAAACAGAAGAAAUUGGUGGUGGCAAGCAUCGUGGGAGACUCCAUUGCAGCAGGAAAGAGAGAGGUGUGGCAUGGCCGUGCUCUAAAGAUCCCACCAGUUGGGCCCUCCAUCCUGCAGUGUCGCAUCAUCCAUGUAGAAUAUGCACUGAAGGUCUGCAUUGACAUCCCAGGGACUUCCAAGCUGCUCCUGGAGUUGCCACUAGUGAUAGGCACAAUCCCCCUGCAUCCAUUUGGCAGCCGCACUUCAAGCAUCAGCAGCCAGUACAGCAUCAAUAUGGAUUGGCUACAAAUGGGGAUCUCUGAACAGCCUGAGGCUCCUCCAGAGUACUCUUCUAUAGUGUCUGGUGAAGAAACCAUUGAGAAUUUGUCCCCUCCUUCUCAGGAUGAGUCUCCUACUUUACUUGAAGGACGUUUCUUUGCCUACAUCCAAGAAUUCCGUUUCCGGCCACCUCCUCUCUACUCAGAGGUGGACCCCAACCCCCCAUCUGACAACAGCAUCCGUCCACGCUGCAUGACUUGCUGAAGGAAGCACUACCUGACUUGAGAUCAAGGGAAAUCCUUUACAAGAGAGAUUAUGACGGUGGAAGCAGAAUGAUGGGGGUGAAGAAUAGGCUUUUGCCCCAGACGAAUGUGGAUGCCCACUCUUAGUUGGUGCUCUACACAGAAUGCCUUCACUGGACUCUCUCCGUAACAGACAGAGCUUGUCCAGGCUAGAUCAGCGUUGGUGAUGAAGAAAGAGAAGAGAGCUCUUCCUCAGCUCAUGAGUGGUGACUGUCUAGGAACAACACAAGAGCAUUUGAACUCUAGACCAAUCUCUGUGCUUUCCUUGGGUACAUUUAACCAUGUUCUCCCUAGACCUACAGGGUGGGUUUUUACCCUGUAGACAGAAGCUGCAGAACCCAUUCAGCCUGCCAAUCUGAGGAGACAUUCCUGCUCCAUUGCCUAGGACUCCAUAUAAGUCUUCGAGACGGAAGUUAGCUAAAAGAGUUCCUGCCUUAUGACUCAGUGUCAUUAUUAGCACUUCUGAUGUUUUUGGAUUGCCCAGUUUGGUUUCACUUUUAAGACAAGCAGAUACUCAUGGGAAUGAUCAAGGGCUGAGUGGGCAAGAAUCCCCAGUCUAAAAGUUAUAGAUAGUUGUGUAAGAGGCAGAAGGAAUAUACAUCUUUUUCUCCCUUACAUCAGGGAGUGACUUGUUUUUGUUUAUUGCAACAUACAGUAAUUGUAAUUGUACCAGAUGGGAAUGGGAUUGAGGUGGUUGCAAUAGGUGGUUAAUUUGCAAUUUCAAUUACGUUGGGUCUAAAUUCUCCAGACUAAAAUUUUGAGAUAGAGGACAGAAUUUAGAAAAAUAUGUCUUUUAGAAAGUUGUAUGAAUUCAACAGAAAUGCAGAAUCGAAAUAGAUUGUAUGAGAAGUUUUUGGGAGUGUGAUUUUCCCCAUUUCAAAAUGGGUCUUAAUUAGACUGCCAAGUGGAGGGGGAGGGAGUGAAUCACCCCUCUCUCAAAUGCAUUCCAUAUGCUUCUAAGCAUGUAAACAUCCUGCUUCUGCCCCAUGUAGGGCUAGUGGCCUUGUUUUUGUACCUCUUUUCUGUUAUCCUCUGGUUUGAUACAGACAUAAACCUAUUUCUAGGUUCGCAUUUUAUAAACUGGUUGCCUUUAACUGUUUGAAAACAAUGUGUGUUUCUCAGAAUUCCUAGUUUUGUACAAGUGUUGCAAUUAAAUUAAUCAAACUUUUUAA